AUGCAAGCCCCCUGGCUGCAGACCCUCGACAAGCCCUGUCGCCUCCUGCUUCACGCACUCGUCUCCAGCUCCCUUGGGACCCUGGCUGCCCUCCGAUUGCUGCAGCGGGUCCAGGCUGGCAAGGAACCUGGACAGGCAUUUCCCUGGCAGACCUUCACCAAGGCCCUGUGUGCCAAGGAGCCCACACUGGAGGGAUUGGAGGGGACCUUGGCUGUCAAACCACGGCUGCUGCUGCUCCCUGUCCUGUGCCAGAGGAACCUCUUCUCCCUUCUCCUUGUGGUUCAAGCUAUGGUGCCAGCAGUAUGCCUCAGCCAACUGCUCCAGGCUGUGGAGCAGGAUUCCCAUCUGGAUCCCUGGGUGCGAGUGCUGAGGGAUCUGCUCUGGCAGGGACCAAGGGGAGGGGAGCACUCCCCACCUCCUGGUCCCUUGUCUUCCACAUGCCAGCAGCAGCUGAAGUGCCUGUGCCAAAAAAUCGCCCAGAACAAAUCAGAGGGGCAAAGAAAACUGAACUGGUGCUUCAGCAGGGAGACCAGUGCUGCUGGGAAGGGGCCUAGCUCUGUGCCUCAAGGUGGGAAGCGCAAGAAAGUGUUGGAGGAGAGCCUGGAGUUGGAUGAGAGAGAGGAGAAGAGGUCACUGGUGCAGGAGGCAGCCUUUGAACCCCCAGGAACCCAGGAGGGUGGAGAUGUGGUAGGGGUGGAAGAAGGGAUUCCUGAGGAGAUUUCAGGGGACGGAUCUGCUCAGAAUCUGGAUGAGUCUGCUCCAGAAAGCUCCCAACAGGAAGUGGCCAGGGAGCCCAAGAAGACUUCCCAGGCAGAGCUGGCAGUGGAAGUCCAGUCCUUUCUCCAGACGCAUGGACAGAGGCUGAAAAUGCUGCUGCAGAGAGAGUCCAAUCACUUGGAGCUGAGCAUCCCCCCUGAGCUGCACACCUUGACCAGCUGCUCUCCUGGCCAGCUCGAGGGGCUGUGCGCCGUCCUCCAGCUCUCCACGUGCCCAGAGCACCUCCUGGUGCAGUUCUGCAGCUGGCUGCUGGCUCUCAGUCCUGACCUCAGCUACACCAAUGCAGCCAUCCUGGCAGAGCAGCUCUUCCUCAAGCGAGUCCUGUCCCUCAGCCAGCCACCCUCUCGCCACCUCAUGGCUGCCCUUGCUUCGUUUUGCUCCAAGUAUUCCCAGCCCUUCUGCAGGGUCCUGAUGGCUGCAGUCCUGCGGAAGCCAGGGCAAGGCAUUGAGCAGAUCAAGGUGGUAUGUGAACUUGUGGAGGAGUACCUGGAGCAAGACUGUGUGCAGCUGGUGCUAAGCCAAGUCCUGGAGGUGCCUUUGUCAGAGAAACUCCUGCCAGUCGUGCAGGCUGUGCUGGGGCGGCAGGAGGUGCUGCCACCCAAGCUCUUCGAUCUCCUGGUGCUGACUCUGUGCCGCCAAGCCCCAGCCUUUGCCACAUCGCUGAAUUACACCAAACUGGUGACAGCUGUGCUCUCCGUGUACCAAAGUCACCCCAGCCCACCGGAGCAGUCUGACUGCUGCUCUGGACUGGAGCAAUGCAGUGCUCAAGAAAUCACUGCAGGCUGUGCUGGAAGGAGCCAGGUGAGGGAACCACAAUGUGAUGGUGUUCUUGGGCAGAGAAUGCUCAUUACGUGGUGAUGGCUGCAACCCAGUCCUUAGCUGGGGACAUCACAAGCAUGAUGGAGACUCCUGAGCAUGGGCAGUGGCACACGGAGUGCCUGUGCUCUGUCUGGGCUCUUGCACUCAGCUGCCUGCUUUGAGGUCACUGUCGCUGGGCGAUACCAUCGCAGCCCCACACACACCCCAAGGCCAGAGGAGGCUUGUCUUGGUUAAACAGUGAACAUAUUCAAUGCAUCUCUGUCUGAGCUCUCUCUAGGCUGUCUCAGUG